AACACCUCUUUGAAAAUCACACAUGUGACUUGCUGUGGCAUCUUCCUUCUGUUGGCUGGACAUUAACCAUCGUUUAUUUGGAAUUAUAACUUUGCUGUGCCUAAAUGCUGGUCAUUACACUUCCUCUCCUGUUUCCUGGAUGCUUCCUCUAACGAUAUAUUUACAUUUCUUGGAUUCUUACCCACUGUCAUGACUGUUCUGGGACUUUUUCUUUCAAAAGCUGAAUGCUGACAUCUGUGGUUGCUGCUUGUUGACUUCUCCAUUUGCAAGCUGGAAGAAUAACAUGGCGAUUGCUGCUUAAUGGUUAGUCCAUUUCCUGGCUGGAUCCUGACCACUGUGGCUAGAGUUGAACGAAAUGUACCUGGUUUCUAAAAAGACUUGUGCUGACGUCCUUUUACUUUCUUGUAAAGUACCAAAUCCAACGUAUAGUGGAGAAACCCUUGGUGGCUUCCUUUUAACCAACACAACUGAAUCUUGCGCAGGGGAUGCCGAAGGCCACCAAUAAGAACGCCUGCUAUCCUUGGUGUCCAUGCGGCUGUAAUGUAACACCACGUUGCACACGGCUUCUUGUCCUUUGAUUGACUGAAGCAACGUGUGUAGUUGCAACACAAGGAAAUGGACCUAAAUGUCGCAUUUAUUUUAGGUUGCUUUUUAGCAGCAGUUGUGAUGAGUCAAAUGGAAAAAGACAUUCAAGCCAAUGAUCCAUUUAAGACUGAAUGCAUUCGAAGAAAAAUUCAAUGUCACUCAAGGGCAAUUUGUCGACUAGAUGUUGUGACAGAAACAUUUUACUGCCAGUGCAUUCCAGGUCACAAUGGAGAUGGAGUUCACUUUUGCCAGGAACCAUCAGCCAAGAUCACUAUUUCUCCAGAACAAAUUUGUGAUGGAACAUCAUCACAGCUAUGUGUUGUAAAAAGUGCACCUGGCAAAUCUGUUCAGUUUUCAAUCUUUGUUGAAGGAAAUUAUGAUCAAUACAACAUUCAAUGGUUUAAGUUCUACUCAUCAUAUGGUCAUACAUUUUACAGCUACCGAAAACGGUUGACCAGUUCUUCGCAGUCUUCAGCAAAUAUUCAAAUCUUGAAUGAUGGUUUAAUUGUGAAAAUUGAUAAUGUUAUGGAAGAUGAUUUCUUUCCUAACUUAUUCUGGGCUCAGCUUGAUAUAAGAAGUACAUUGGAAAUUAGUGAUGAACUUCAACCACAUGAAAUUAGCAGUUAUGAAAUCCUCAAUCCAUCUCAAUUACGAUUUUAUUUUGCACUGGAUGCUCUUCCUAUUGAUAUUGGAAAAUACCUCACUGGUGACACAAUUGUGAUACACCUCAGUUCAUACAUGAAUGUCUCUCUAACCAGCUUCGUGAAUUGGGUCAAGGAGCCUGACAACAUAACACUAAUUCAUUCUGUACAUACUUCUUUGGCCAACAGCACAAACAUGAUUAAAAUUCAUGAUUUACAAGAAGAAGAUUUUGGCAAGAUUCGGGCAGUGAUUUAUGAUUACCUUCCUAGCAUCCCUGGUAAAGUCAUGGUUGCCCAGAAGUUGUUUGUGAUAAGAAAAGAUAUAAGCAAAGUCUGCAUGGGCCUGAGGAGUGUCCGCCACUGCAAAUGUAAUCCAGGUUUUAAAGGCAAUGGCAUUCACUGCGUAGAUGUGGAUGAAUGUAAAGAAGAAAUGGCAGCACAAUGUCUUCCUCAUGCCACAUGUGUAAACACAUAUGGUUCAUACAUAUGUAAAUGUCCAAAUGGCUAUGAGGGAGAUGGCAUUUACUCCUGUAUAGAUGUUGAUGAAUGCUUCAGAGGUCUUGCACAUUGUAACACCAAUGCCUCCUGCAUGAAUACGCUUGGAUCAUAUGUCUGUAUUUGUCCCAAGGGCUUCUUCAGCAGGAGUGGAGAGUGCAGAGCAAAAAGUAUCUGGACUCCAUGGUCACCUUGGUCCAUUUGUUCAGUGACAUGUGGAAAUCAAAACCAAAUGCGAUUUCGAAUCUGUACACAUCCAGAAAGUGGAAUGCGCUGCUUAGGACCUACAGCAGACCUUAAACCUUGCCCUAAUCUGCGGGAAUGCCCAGUGAAUGGUCAGUGGUCAGAAUGGUCCCCAUGGUCCACCUGCACACAGCUUUGUUCUGGAAUUAAGAGACGAAUCAGAGUUUGUAACAAUCCGCCUCCUUCUUCCAACGGCCAGCUUUGUGAAGGCACACCCGAGGAAACAGCAGCAUGCAGCAGUGAACAUUGUCCAAUUGAUGGAAGUUGGUCACUGUGGUCAGCUUGGAGGCCUUGCCCUGUAACCUGUGGCCUUGCAGUAGUAAGCCGCUCACGAAUCUGCAAUAGUCCAUCUGCACAGAAUGGUGGCAAAACCUGUCAAGGUCAAGAAUACGAAGAGGCUACUUGUGGUACACCAAAAUCACAAUGUGAACAUCUUACGAAGACAGAAAGGAAUUCAACCUGACCCGAGUCUACCAACAAUGCCUCUGCAAAUAUAAACCCCUGAGUCACCAGCUACCCAGAGCUGAUUUGUUUAAAACAGCCUUAGCAAAGCACAUCUUAAACAUGUUUCCAAAACAGAUAAAUAAUUCUUUUGAGUCAUUUGGCUAGACCAACAGGCAGUGUUAGUGUCUAGUUUAGGGCUGCAAGAAUUUUAGCAUACAGGUAUUUGGUAAAUAUAGUUGCUUUUCAGAAUAAUGUAUCUUUAAACCAAGCUUACAAACAUUCAUUUACUGUUGAAUGUUCUUCAUGGAUUCUUGAAACUGUUGGCUUGAUACAGACAUCUUUAUAAAAUCAUAGUUGAAAUUUCAACAUGGUAGUAAUAAGCAUUCAAAUCAAAUAAUCAAGCUUUUAAAUUGUGCUCUUAGAAGUAUUCACCUUGUCCUGUGCUCCUGCAGGCAUCACCACAUUUAACUAGCUUUGCUGCUGCAUUACAAGUAGAAAAAUUGCUGGUGAUUUGAGUUUCACAAAUAGUGCAGUGCAUGUGGAUUGUAUUCAUGUCAUAAAUUUUAAAUUGACCGUUCAUUCUCAAUUUUAUUCAUCUCACGGGAGUACACAUACCAUAUCAGAAAGAUUUAAUCUGACAAGGCACAAAAAUGGUUGAUCAGAUCUACCCUACUAAUUUGGGAGAUUCCAGUAAGCCAGUCAGCAAAGUACCUGACUCUCUUAAGUAGUUAAUCCCAUCCAACUGAUCUGCCUAAAUUCUACAAGUUCAAGAAGCGUGAAGCUCAACUUUAAACUUGGUGAUUAUGUCAAAAGUAACACUGAACCCCACAGAAUCAGAACAAUCAAGUAUAUGAUGCGUCUCAUUUGAGUUUAAAAAAAAUAAUAAUAGUUGCAUAACAUUAUCAAUCAGGUUUACCUUUUACUGUGAUUAUUUAUAUUGUAUACAAGUUGUCACCUUUUGAGAAUUUUCUGAUGAAUAAACCAGCUCAGCUCAAUUGUAUAAAAUUAUUGAAAGCUUGCAGCCCCAGACUAACUAUGACACACAUCACCAAAGUCUUUGAUAAGAACUGAAGCAGUCUGUUGAGGAUCCUCAUGAUACUGAGGGCCUUUCUCAAUCACCAAAUGACUCUUUAAUCUUAAAUCCCCUUAUAAAAACUGAAGUCUUUCCAAAUUGGGAUGAACAGGUUUAAUUAAUAUGCUGUAUUUCAGCAGUAUAUUGUACAGUAGAUAAAGAAGUGUGCAGGCUUAAUGGAUUUCAUAAAGAACAUUUUGGUAGCAAAAGAAUGAACUCUGAGCAUUUGCACUGCUGGCAUUGGAACAACAUCUUGGUUGCAUAUGCAUCAAAGUUUCAGAAAUCUGGAUUCCACAUUCUUCAAGAAUUGGAAUUUUGAUGAUUUGGGUCAAACAGCUUAAAUGGAUGCUUGAGUCCAAUUAAGAAAACAGCUCAGUGGCAGAAAACAGGGAGUGUGCUAAUGGUUAGACAUCACUGGAGAGAUCCGAAUGUCCGAGUGCCUUUGUACAAAGAAAGUGAGCCAGCGGAGCCAUCCAUCAGCUUUAAGUGACGGCGUAGGGUGGAUGAGGAGGUUUUGUAGCUAUUGAAUUGUUGGGUGAAAAGUGACUGUAGUGUGAAAAAGUGAGGAUUGGUCCCGUUGCACUUCAUGAUCACUCUUAGCAGUGUUCAUAUUGCAAAUGGUGAAGUUCACACAUUUGUAAAGCAUGCAGCACAUCAUUUUGUACAUUACAUGAACUAUUUAUAUUCUGCAUUAGACUUAACUUUUACAAUAAGACCAGGAAAUUGUAAAUGAGAUCAUUGUAAAGCCCCACACCUUUUGUUUAAGAAGGAAUGAUUUGUUUGUGCUCUUUUUAAUGUUCUUUGCUUUCUCUCUGUAGUGAAUAUUUGUAAUUUUUUGUUGCUUCUCAUUUUGUCUCACAUUGUUAAAAUACAUAUGUAUAUAUAGCUCUACUAAGAAUAUUUAUUUUGCCUAUUUAGAAUUACUUUUUGUAAACCUGCAUCCA